CUCACUCCCAGUAUGGCCAUAUAUGACACUAUGCAAAGUUUGAAAAGUCCAGUUGCCACCAACUGUGUUGGCUAUGCCUAUAACUUGGCAGGCUUUCUUCUUGCUGCCGGAGAAAAGGGUAACCGAGUUGCCAUGCCUCUUUGUAGAAUUGCUCUUCAAUCCCCAGCAGGAGCAGCCCGGGGUCAGGCUGAUGAUGUAAGAAAUGAAGCAAAUGAACUUCUUCGCAUUCGAGAUUAUCUUUUUGGAGAGUUGGCAAGAAAGACGGGUCAACCGAUUGAGAAG